AUGCUUCCAAUUAUUUUUCUUCUCGCUCUGUCGGCCGCUGGAACCGCCUUCGUCCACCCAGGGGCGCUCCACACAGCACGGGAUUUUGAACGCAUCAACACUCACAUCACAAACGGCGAUGAACCGUGGAACAUCACGUGGAAUCUCUUGACCUCCAGCGAUUUUGCCCAAUCAACUUACCAGCCUAACCCCAAGGUAAUCGUAUACCGAGGCUACGAUGGCGUCAACACAGAAAACUACCCGUCUCUGUAUAAAGACACGGCAGCCGCAUACCAGCUCGCCAUCCGCUGGAAGGUCACAAACAACACGAGCUAUGCAGACGCGGCGAUCAAUAUUUUGAGCUCAUGGGCUGUGACUCUGACGGCAAUCAAUGGUACCAGCGACAAAUUCCUGGCGUCCGGUCUGUAUGGAUACCAGAUGGCUAAUGCGGCCGAGCUGAUGUCGGACUACGCUGGUUGGGACACUAGUAACAAGACUGCCACUGCGACUAUGUUGACUGAUGUUUUUGCUUCGAUGAACAUGCUAUUCAUGGAAGAGCAUAAUGGUAAUGAUUAUUAUCAUUACUAUGCCAACUGGGACCUGUGUAAUCUCGCUUCUCUACUUGCCAUUGGUAUCUUCACCGAUAACCAGACAAUGUACGACUACGCGUUGAACUAUGUCCGUAAUGGGCCUUCAAAUGGUGCUCUUCCUGUUUUUGGGAUUGCGAACUAUACGGAACCCUGCUCGGAGAAAACAUUGACUCAAGGUCAGGAAGCGGGUCGUGAUCAGGGCCAUUCUACCCUGGACAUUGUCCUUCUUGGAGUCAUUGCCCAACAGGCAUACAAUCAGGGCGAUGAUCUGUUCGCUACUUAUGGGAACGAGAUCCUCAACGCAGCUGAAUAUGUCGGAAAAUACAACGUCGGCUACGACGUUCCCUACACUCUGUACGAAAGCUAUCAAGGCAAUCAGACUGUCAUUUCGAAUGGCUCACGUGGAGAUGUCCGUCCUGGGUUCGAGUUGCUCUCUGCCCACUACGGCCAGUUGAAGGGUCUUGACUCGUCAUGGACCGAUGCUUACCGUGACAUGGUCAAUGCGAACAGCACCGAUGGUGUUGAGGGGGGUGGUGGAAACUAUGGUACGACAUCUGGUGGGUUUGAUGGGCUUGGAUUCGGUACCUUGCUUUACAGGCUUUAUUAG